GCUUCGGCUAACGGUGCUAACAGAGAGUCGCUUUUAGCUUCCGUCAGGGAAACGUUCAGCCGGUUAAUCCAGAACUUUAUGCUCAACUGAACCGGAAGUUGUGUUUAAUCUUCAUCUCUGACGACAUGAUGGUUCCGCCCGUCGAGUCUCAUCUGGACCAGAAGGUUCUGCAGUACGAAGCGUUCAUCGGCGAUGUUCUGAGGAGAGAUCUACAGAAGGUUCUGGAGCAGAGGGACCAGGUCUAUGAGAAGACCUCCCAGUACCUGCAACUGAAGAACACCAUCCAGAGCCUGCAGGAGGCGGAGUCUCAGCAGCUGAAGGCGGACGUUGAUCUGGGCUGCAGCUUCUUCGUCCAGGCUCAAGUCGCUGACUCGUCCAGGAUCUUCGUGGCCGUCGGCUUCGGGUUCUUUGUGGAGAUGACGCACGCCGAAGCUCUCCGGUUCAUCGACAAGAAGACGAGUCAGCUGACGGCCGUCACUGAGCAGCUCACCAAAGACUCCGCCAAAAUAAAAGCCAACAUCCGCAUGGUUCUGGAGGGUCUACGGGAGCUGCAGGGGCUCGGUGACCUCCCUGAACCCCAAAGAGGAGACGUGUUCUGAACUGGUCCAGGUGUUGGUCUUCAGGUCAGAACCGAGCCGUGGACGUUGUCUUCAGAGAGCAGAAGGACAUUGUGGACAG